CAAAUGCGCAUGAGUAAUAUGCGAAGCUUGGUCAGUGAAUGGAGUGGGCUUUUGUAGCGGUCUUAGUAUUCUUUUUGUAUGGUGCAGACCAGACUUAACUUUAAUCCAUAAAACAAUUGUAACUUAUUUCUAUAUUGAACAGUAUUUGCAAAUAUUAAGUAAAAUAUGGCUUCUCAAAAUGUUGAUCCUCGUCUCCCUACAACAUCUGUCGAUACGUCAAAGAAGUCAUCAGAUCUUAGCAAGCAUGAUGCUAGCUGUCAUUCUGUGAAAAAAAGGUUGCAGCAGGAACUAAUGACUUUAAUGAUGUCUGGCGAUAAAGGAAUAUCUGCAUUUCCUUCUGAGGAAAAUAUUUUCAAUUGGAUUGGGACCAUAAAUGGAGCUCAAGGAACAGUCUAUGAAGGUCUGACCUACAAAGUGAAAAUGGAUUUUCCUUAUAACUAUCCAUACACUCCUCCUCAUGUCCGGUUUACUACUCCAUGCUUUCAUCCAAAUGUAGAUGAUCGUGGAAAUAUUUGUCUUGAUAUCCUGAAAGAAAAAUGGACAGCAUUGUACGAUGUUCGUACAAUUUUGCUGUCUCUCCAGUCUUUGCUUUCAGAACCAAAUAUUGAAAGCCCUCUUAAUCUACAAGCAGCCCAGAUGUGGAAGGACCAAGUAUCAUACAAAGCAGUUCUCCAUGAGAAAUAUGAAAAUGAUGUGCGGAAAGCAAAAAAACUGUGAGGUUCCUCAAAACUUCAGAAUUUUUUUAAGUGUAUAAUUAUUUGCAAGUUUGUACACUUUUUUUUGUCUUGUGAUUUUAUCAAAGAAAAGCAUUAUCUAUACAACUGAUUUUUUUAAAUAUUGUAUCAUUUGUUAAUACUGUAAUCAGUGCAAGAAGUUUAAUAUAUUUUAUUAAAUCUGUUUCCAGUUUUUAAGUAAAUUUUUAGUGUAUUUGUAAAUUUAUUUUGAAUGUAUUCUGUCAUUUCAUAAAUUAUUUGAAUAUCAGACUCUUUUUUUUUUAAUAUAUAUAUAUAUAUAAGGGAAUUACCAUUUUUGUUUGGUCAUUUAAGAAACAAGCAAACUUUUUAAUCAUCAUUUUUGUGAUAACAAAUGUAUAAUCUAAGAAGCUUGAUUGCCAUCUCUUAAAAUAUUCUUGUCAUUUAAAUUUUAUAAUUGAUGAACUUUAGAAUAGGGUACUUUUUAUCAGCAAUUAUGUGUGAUUUCUUUCACAAUAUAUUUUCAACAUUGUGCAAUAUAAAGUACUGAAUUAUGGGGUAUAAAUUACAGUUUAUAAAAGUGCAAGUGCAUAAUUCAUAUUUGAUUAAAAUUAUUUUCCGAUUUCUUCUAUAAUGUAGUGUCAAUGAUAUUUUAGAAAAAUAUAUGAAUUUUUUUUGAGGGAAGGGGAAAAAGCUGAUUAUAUUUAUAAAAUGUUUUAAAUUAUUUCACUCCUACUUAACAUUUAUGCUACUGUGUGUGAAUUGAUCUAUGUAAAUGCAAUUAAGUGUAAUAUUUUAUCAUUUUCAUUUGUAAAUAUUCAGUUAUUCUUAUUUUUAAAUUGACCGCUGAUAUUCAUUUGUUAUCAUUUGCUUUUAAUUGGAUAUUGCUUUAUCUUUUGUGUCUGCUUUUUAAAGAAUAAAUAUAAGACAAA